GAGCGGACGCUCGUCGCGUUCCUCCGCCCGCGUUCGCCAGGCUGCUCCCCCUCGAGGGUGCGCUUGGUACGGCCCGCGCCGCCUCUUUCCCUUGCUGGGGUGGCUGCCCCCCCCCUCGGGUCGGCGGCGCUUGGUGCCGCCCGGGAGAACCAGGUCAUCGGUCGGUGCCCGUGAAAACAAAAACAAUCGGCGGCGCCGCCGCGGGCAGCCGAACGCGGCGAGUGAGGACCAGGGGCGCGGGACUGGGUGGGGAGAGCGAGCGGGAGCGGCGGCGAGUAUCCGGAGGCCGGGGGGCCAUGGGGCAGGCGGGCACGGGCUGCGCGGGACUCCCCCGGCGCCGCGGCUAGCACGCCCGCUCUCUCGGCCGCCUCAGCCGCCCGCGCCGCCCGCCUGGGGGACGAGGAGCAGGACGCGGCCUCGGCCGGGCCCGGGCCGAACGGCUGCGGACACCCGGGCGCCAGGGAGCCGAGCGCCGCCGUCGCCGCCGCCUCCGGGAUGGAUCAGUGCGUGACGGUGGAGCGCGAGCUGGAGAAGGUGCUGCACAAGUUCUCGGGCUACGGGCAGCUGUGCGAGCGCGGCCUGGAGGAGCUCAUCGACUAUACGGGCGGCCUCAAGCACGAGAUCCUGCAGAGCCACGGCCAAGAUGCUGAAUUAUCAGGGACACUUUCACUUGUUUUGACACAGUGCUGUAAGAGAAUAAAGGACACUGUUCAAAAAUUGGCCUCAGACCACAAAGACAUCCACAGCAGUGUUUCUCGGGUUGGAAAAGCCAUUGAUAAGAAUUUUGAUUCUGACAUUAGCAGUGUGGGAAUAGACGGCUGCUGGCAGGCAGACAGUCAGAGGCUCCUCAAUGAGGUGAUGGUGGAGCACUUCUUUCGACAAGGAAUGCUGGAUGUAGCUGAAGAGCUCUGCCAGGAAUCCGGUCUUUCUGUAGACCCAAGUCAGAAAGAACCAUUUGUGGAGUUAAAUCGAAUAUUAGAAGCAUUAAAAGUCAGAGUUCUGAGACCUGCUCUGGAAUGGGCAGUAUCAAACCGAGAAAUGCUGAUAGCCCAAAACAGCUCCUUGGAAUUUAAACUACACAGACUGUAUUUUAUUAGCUUAUUAAUGGGUGGAACUACGAAUCAGCGAGAGGCAUUACAAUAUGCUAAAAAUUUUCAGCCAUUUGCCCUAAAUCAUCAGAAAGACAUUCAGGUUUUGAUGGGAAGCCUUGUGUACCUGAGACAAGGGAUUGAGAACUCGCCGUAUGUUCACCUACUUGAUGCAAACCAGUGGGCUGACAUUUGUGACAUCUUUACAAGGGAUGCCUGUGCCCUCCUGGGGCUCUCGGUGGAGUCCCCCCUCAGCGUCAGUUUCUCAGCAGGCUGUGUGGCGCUGCCGGCUUUAAUCAACAUCAAAGCCGUGAUUGAACAGAGACAGUGCACCGGGGUUUGGAACCAGAAAGACGAAUUACCCAUUGAAGUGGACCUUGGUAAAAAGUGCUGGUAUCACUCUAUAUUUGCCUGUCCCAUUCUUCGUCAGCAAACAACAGAUAACAACCCACCCAUGAAAUUGGUCUGUGGUCAUAUUAUAUCAAGAGAUGCCCUGAAUAAAAUGUUUAAUGGUAGCAAAUUAAAAUGUCCAUAUUGUCCAAUGGAACAAAGUCCAGGAGAUGCCAAACAGAUAUUUUUCUGAAGAAAUAACUUUAAUUUGCAAUUUGUAAGUGAAACUGAAUUGUGGCGCAUUUCAGAAGAGAACCGUUCCAUUUAAUGCAGCUAACUGAGGACUCCCGUGUUUAUAUAAGCUAAUGCUCCAGAAACUUUGCCAACAUUUUAGUGUACACACACUGAGGGGAGUGCUCCAGAUGAAUAUUAUCAUAGGGCUUUAUUAUAUUCUUGGUCUUCAUUUUUGAUCAAGUAAAUACACCAGCAGUUGUCAUUCAAUGCAGGUUUUUGUACUUAAUUAUAUGGUGAUUUUUUUACUUUUUAAGAGCAGAAACAGAAAUCAACCUCCCUGCCAUGUGUUUAAUAUAUCUCCUGCUUUUACUUUUGUCAUUUCUUGAUAAUUGUAAGGUGUGAGAAUGUUUGUGAAAAAGUUUUACUUCCUGUUAUGUAUACAUAAUUAAAUGAAAAUUCUUCAGAAAAAGUUUGAAAAACUGAAUUGUGGUUAUAAAACUAAUUUGCAUUUUUUUUGCUUAAGGAAGAAAGCUGUGAUAGAUUCCCAAUUUGCUUUUUGAUGUUUUCCUCUGCUCCAGCUCUCACCGAGAAGUCAGCAGAUGUGCAUUUGAGCUCUGCUUGUAGCCCCAGCGGGCUGCCUGUUUCAAAUUCCAUCAUGAAUUUAGCAGGUUGGUGUGAGAAGUCUUCCACUAGAACAGAGUGGAAGGAGUACUAUUGUUUCUUUGCUUUUAUUGCCAAGAGGUGCUUGUUUUAAAAGUGUGUUCAAUAAAAUGAAAUUCUGAAGUUA